AUGGUAGUGGAGUCCCUGAUAUGGAAAGCUUUCUGCCAGGAUCUGGGUGCCACCUCCAGCCUGUCCUCCUCCUACCAUCCCCAGAUCAAUGUGCAGACAGAGCAGGCCAACCAAGACCUGGAGAACAUCCAGAUGGCCAGUCCGCCCCUGGUGCCACCUAAGCAGCUAGACCGCAAAGAUGGCCAGGAACUCCUUCAAGGUCCCGACCUGGCGGAUACUCUACUUGGAGUUUUACUCAGGUUUCGCCAAGAGCAGGUUGCCUUCAUGGCAGAUAUUGAGGCAAUGUUCUAUCGGGUGCAUGUUCCCGACAAACACAGGUACUUCGUAAGAUUUCUGUGGUGGCCUGAUGGGGAUACUUCCAGACCUUUGGAAGCUUACCGAAUGAAGAUCCAUAUCUUUGGAGCCGUUUCCUCACCUAGCAUUGCUAACUUUGCUCUGAAACGAACAGCAAAGGACAACAUCGAAAAGUUUGACAAAGAAGCAACUAAAACAGUACUUGGAGAUGUCUGCCAUCUAGGAGGCUUCUCACUGGCUAAGAGGGUUAGCAACAGCUGGGAGGUUCUGCUGAGAAUUCCAGAGUGUCAGAGAGCCAGCAACCUCAAGGAACUGGACUUGGAUCGAGAGAAACUGCCCAUCGAAAGAGCACUUGGGAUCCAAUGGAACACCGAAAGCAACACUUUCACCUUCAAAGUGGCCAUUAAGACAAAAUCCCUCACUAGAAGAGAAAGAAUAGCAGGAGAAGCGGGGUCGCUCAGCAAACUGUCCCCCCAGCAGCCCCGUGAGCUGGUUGGUGAGAGCCGAGUAGACAGGGAAUCACCAUCAGUGAAACCACUCCACGAGCACCUGUUAGGAGACAGCUCGGCUCACAUCAUUAUGUCUCCUAGAGUGACACCUGUGUGUUCCAUCCGGCUGCUCGCGCCGCCGCUGCUACUGCUGUUCCUCAGCGCGGACCAGCGGUGCCUCGCGAGCAGGCCGUUGCUCGUGUUCUUGAUUGAUGGGUUCCGUUACGACUACAUGGACGACCUGCACGCGCUACCGGGAUUUCGCGAGCUCGUGGGCAGCGGGGUGAAAGUGGAUUAUCUGACACCGGACUUCCCGAGUUUAUCAUACCCUAAUUAUUACACAUUAAUGACAGGCCGAUACUGUGAGGUUCAUCAGAUGACUGGUAACUACAUGUGGGAUGAGGUCUCCUUGAAGGAGUUUCUGAUUGGUACAAAUGCUGACAGCCGACUGCCUUUCUGGUGGGACGGAUCAGAGCCAUUAUGGGUCACCCUGCAGAAGAGAGGGAAGAAGGUCUUCAUGUACUACUGGCCAGGCUGUGAGGUGGAGAUUCGGGGUGUACGUCCUUCGUUCUGUGAGGAAUAUGUCUACAACCCAUCACAGAAAAACCUAACUGACUCUAUUGAAAAUGCCCUAAACGCCCUGCGGUUGGGCCAUGCAGAUAUGGCAGGGAUAUAUUAUGAGAAGAUAGAUGUGGAGGGCCAUCACUUCGGACCAGACUCUCACCAGGUCAGAAUAGCUGUGCGACAACUGGACGUCGCCAUGCAGACUCUGAACAGGAAGAUCAAGGAGAAGAACUUGGCAGACCAGCUGAAUGUCAUGCUGUUUUCGGACCAUGGUAUGACUCAGAUCCAUUGGAUGGAGAAGGUGAUAGAGUUAGACAAGUACAUUAACAUGUCAGACCUCGUCAAAAUGAUGGACAGAGGACCAGUGGUCAGUCUCUGGCCCAAACACAACAAGUAUCAAGAGGUGUAUGCUGCACUGUCCCAGGUCCCUAACAUGCGUGUCUAUGGCAGACAGGAGAUCCCAGAGCGUUUCCAUUAUAGAGGAGGAAAGUAUGUUUCCACCCUGACGCUAUUGGCUGACCCAGGCUGGUUUAUCACUGAGAAUAAGGAUAAACUCCCGUUCUGGAAGAAUGAGACAGGGGAAGCAUCGGGAUGGCAACAUGGUUGGCAUGGUUACGACAAUGAGUUCAUUGACAUGAGGGGCUUCUUCCUAGCGACGGGACCUGACUUCAAGCGGAAUGUGCGGGCAUCACCGAUCCGCGCAGUGGAUGUCUACAACCUGAUGUGCCGGACUGUGGGUGUGGAUCCUUUGCCCAAUAAUGGGUCCUGGUCCCGGGUGGAGUACCUCCUUAAUGGCUCAGAUGUUCCAUCCCAGACCACAGCCCUCUGGACCAUCUGCAUGGGCCUGCUGGGAAUGCUGGUGGUGUCAAGGGACUACAACAUAUAA